UUUAGUUAUUUACGAUCAAACCAAAACAAGUUACCCGCUCUAAAAAAAUAAAUUAGACACCCUUCUUCUUCUGAGUUCUGACUGACACAUUUUCUCUCUCCUCUCAAUUUUCUCUGUUCAUCAGUAAAAACCACCUGCACCUGCUUCAGAAAAACAAACACUGGAAGAAGAAGGCAACAGUCUCUUUCAUCACUCUUAAAAAGCAAAAGGGUAUAGCUUUUCCCCACUUUGAAUGAUUGAGAUAAUAAUGUGCCCCAAUCUUCUCAGCAAAUGCUCUCCACCAAGCUGAAGAACAGAGGAGAGAGAAACUAUAGAGGAAGCUGUACAUUAAACAAGAACAGAUCUCGUGUUUUGAGAUUCUGGUUUCGGCGCCAUUGUAGUUUAACUUUUUGGGCGAAUAAUUUGGGUUGUUGUGUUGAAGUUUGCGAGUGGGCCGGCUAUUUUGGAUGAUUACGCUGCUGUAAACUGGAGUAAUUCUCAAAGUAGCAAGAAUUUGUUCCCAACAAUUGCAGGGGAGUUUUUAUUGAAAUGUCUCUGAAUAACAAUCAUUCUGGUUCAAAUGGUAAAUAUCCUACAAACUUCAAGAUGAAAAAGGUUAAGGAUCAGAUGAAUGGAUCGAGUGGUAGUGUGUGGAAGUGGAAAAUGUUUCUUCAAUUGGUUGUUGUUAUUGGGUUAAGUUGGUUUAUAUAUGGGUUGAAUGGCUGGCUUUCAAAGUCGCAGAAUAAGUCUUUGCUCUUUGGUGAUUUCAAGAACCUUGGAUAUUUCAAACCGUUUGAUUUCGCCCAGCACCAGGUUCAUUCCCUCUCUGAUCAGGGGACUUCUGUACAAGCUGAUGACAACAAUGAAGAUGGCUGCAGGCCUAAUUGUUUUUGGUCCACAAAGAUCUGUUGGUGGGUGCUUUUAGGGUUGAUGGUGAUGAGUUUGAGGAUCUCAUGUUUUCGAUUUAGCAAACGUAGUAACCAGCAGUAUACCUUGGCUCAGCCACAGCAGCUGCAGCAGGAACAACUCAUGCAGCAUAAGCUUCCAUUGCUAAUCGGUUCAGCUAAAACAAAUACAAAAUGGCAGAAGAAGCUCUUGUUUCUGUUUGUUGUUGGUAUGAUGAUUGUAUCCAUGUGUAUAUUCUAUCAUUUUUACCAAGACACUGUUUUUAGAAGAAGAGAAACAUUAGCCAAUAUGUGUGAUGAGCGAGCUAGAAUGCUGCAAGAUUCGUUCAAUGUCGGCAUGAAUCAUGUCCACGCGUUGGCAGUUCUGGUUUCUACCUUUCACCAUGGAAAAAAUCCUUCGGCUAUGGAUCAGAAAACCUUUGAAGAAUACACUGAACGAACGGCUUUUGAGAGGCCACUCACCAGUGGUGUUGCCUAUGCGUUGAAAGUUACUCACUCUGAGAGGGAGCAAUUUGAAAAGCGCCAGGGGUGGACUAUAAAGAAAAUGAAACACGGGGACCAGACUCUUGUACAGGAUUUUGAUCCUGCAAAGAUGGAUCCUGCACCUGUUCAAGAUGAAUAUGCACCUGUUAUAUUCUGUCAAAGGACAGUAGCUCAUAUUGUCUCUAUAGACAUGAUGUUAGGAAAGGAAGACCGUGACAAUAUUUUGCGAGCUAGGGCAACUGGAAAGGGUGUCUUGACUUCUCCAUUUAAGCUACUCAAAUCUAAUCACCUAGGAGUGGUACUUACUUUUGCUAUCUAUGACCACGAGCUUCCACCAGACGCAACUCCAGAGCAACGCAUAUCAGCAACUGUGGGGUAUCUUGGUGCAUCUUAUGAUCUGCGGUCACUGGUGGAGAAGAUUCUUCAGCAACUUGCCAGCAAACAAACCAUUGUUGUGAAUGUCUAUGACACGACGAAUUCAUCAGCAACAAUUAACAUGUAUGGAACUGAUGAUGUUAUAGACACAGGUUUUCUGCACGUCAGCAGUCUUGAUUUCGGGGAUCCAACUCGAAAUCAUGAGAUGCAUUGCAGGUUCAAAAACAGGCCACCUCCUCCUUGGACAGCAAUAUUAUCUGCAGGUGGAGUUAUGACAAUUUCCUUGCUCGUAAGUCAUAUUCUUCAUGCAGCCAUCAACAGAAUUGUUAGAGUAACGGAAGACUGCCAAAAAAUGACGGUGCUAAAAGCUCGUGCUGAAGCUGCCGACGUUGCAAAAUCUCAGUUUCUUGCUACCGUGUCCCAUGAAAUAAGAACUCCCAUGAACGGUGUUUUAGGUAUGCUGCAAAUGCUGAUGGAUACUGAUCUGGAUGCUGAUCAGAUUGAUUACGCGCAAACUGCUCAUGCCAGUGGGAAAGAUCUCAUUUCCAUUAUUAAUGAGGUUCUUGAUCAGGCCAAGAUAGAAUCAGGCAGGCUUGAGCUUGAAGCAGUGCCUUUUGAUUUGCGUACUAUUCUAGACAGAGUUGUUUCUCUGUUCUCUGGAAAGUGUCGAGAAAAGCAAAUUGAAUUGGCUGUAUAUGUAUCCAAUAAGGUACCUGAAAUUCUGGUUGGAGACCCUGGGAGAUUCCGGCAGAUAAUUACCAAUCUUGUCGGUAAUUCAGUAAAGUUCACUAAUGAUAAGGGGCAUAUUUUUGUUUCUGUACAUUUGGCUGAUGAAGUGAGGGCACCAUCUGAUAUGAUGGAUGAUGUGUUGCGGCAAGGCCUUAAUUCAUUGAAAGAUGGAUCUGAAAGAAAUACUCUGAGUGGUUAUCAGAUCGUUGACAGAUGGAAAAGUUGGGAAAACUUCAAACAAUUGGGUGGUAAAGAAAGCAUUGAGUCAUCUGAGCUUAUCAAACUAAUAGUGUCAGUUGAGGACACGGGAGAAGGGAUUCCUCAAGAGGCACACAGUCGCAUAUUUACUCCAUUUAUGCAGGCUGACAGCUCGACUUCGCGGCACCAUGGAGGAACUGGAAUAGGAUUGAGUAUAAGCAAAUGCUUAGUAGAACUUAUGGGAGGGGAAAUUGGAUUUGUAAGUAAGCGUAAUGUUGGAAGUACUUUUUCUUUUACUGCUGUUCUCAUGAGAGGGGAGUUAGAGUCCCUAGACCCAAAGCGGCAUAUCCAUGAAACAUCUAUCUCAGAAUUGAAGGGAUUGAGAGCUUUGGUAAUUGAUAAAAGAAGCAUUCGAGCUGAAGUCACACGAUAUCAUCUCCAUAGACUGGGGAUAUCUGUUGACACAGUUUCUAGUCUUCAGUCUGCUUCCUCAUUUGUUUCUGACAAUCUAAAUACAAGUGCUUUAGCGCCACUUUCCAUGAUUCUAAUUGACAUGGAGGUAUGGGAAAAUGAGCCUGUCAUUGAGAUCCGCCGCGUGCUUCAAGAUGCAAUAUCAUCGAAAGGCUCUUCUUAUAGAAUGCCCAAGAUAUUUUUAUUGGCCACCUCCAUGAGUACCGUUGAACGUAGUGAACUUAAAUCAUCUCAUUUGGUUGAUGAUAUACUCACGAAGCCUCUAAGGUUGAGUGUUUUAACUGGAUGCUUCCAUGAAGCCUUUGCCAAUGGGAGAAAAAGGCAAUUGAAUCGAGUCAAACCUGCCAAUCUUGGAAAUUUACUGAAAGGAAAACACAUCUUGGUAGUCGAUGAUAAUGGUGUUAACCGUAAAGUGGCGGAAGGAGCUCUAAAGAAAUAUGGGGCUGUUGUGACCUGUGUGGACAGUGGGAAGGCUGCCGUGGCAAAGCUUACGCCACCUCAUAGCUUUGAUGCUUGCUUCAUGGAUCUCCAAAUGCCCGAGAUGGAUGGGUUCGAAGCUACUCGGCAAAUUCGUGAGAAGGAAAAAGAGUUGAGUAAGAAACUUAAAUCUGGGGAAGUUUCAAUGGAGUCCACUUGUAACGCUCCAAUAUUGGCAAUGACAGCUGAUGUAAUUCAAGCAACGAAUGAAGAGUGCGUUAAGUGCGGCAUGAAUGGUUACGUGUCCAAGCCAUUUGAAGAAGAGCAGUUGUAUUCAGCCGUGGCUUGCUUCUUUGAGUCCAGAUGACGUACUGUUUGGCAAGUCCUCAAAAUGGUCGAGUCAUUUGAUGUCUAAUCGAGAGUGUCCUUUUCUCUAAAGUAGCUGUGACGCUGAGUGUAAUCUUGCAUCUUCCAGUGCAGAAGUUGCUGUUGCUGGGAAAGAAUAGAGACAGGCUCAUGGCAUUUAUGGGGAGGUAACUAAAAGUCUACUGGUAAACACAUAGCGGCAAUGCAUGCUGAUUGCUGAUCAGAAUUGGAAUUAGGGGACUUGUGAGAUGAUUCUGUAUAUAAGUCUGAUUGGCUGAAUAUCAUCAAAUUAAUAUAUAGUAUGUACAUUCAAACAGUACGUCGUGGAAUUGCCUAUGGUAGUCUAUUUUAGACGUGUUGCAAUAUAUAGGAAUUGCCUGUAUAGCUAUUGAGUAGCACAACUUUGGGAUAGAGUAGAGAUAGUUGUUACGUUGUUGAUCGCGUAGGAAUCCUUAGUUUCUCAAGUACUUGAUAACAUAGCAAAUCAGCAAUUUCAUCAUUUUGGUUCCACGUUUGAUGGCUAA